AUGUUUAAGGCCCAUGCCACUGUAGUCAACCUCACUGGACGUGGCCACAAGAUGUUUAAGGCCCAUGCCACUGUAGUCAACCUCACUGGACGUGGCCACAAGAUGUUUAAGGCCCAUGCCACUGUAGUCAACCUCACUGGACGUGGCCACAAGAUGUUUAAGGCCCAUGCCACUGUAGUCAACCUCACUGGACGUGGCCACAAGAUGUUUAAGGCCCAUGCCACUGUAGUCAACCUCACUGGACGUGGCCACAAGAUGUUUAAGGCCCAUGCCACUGUAGUCAACCUCACUGGACGUGGCCACAAGAUGUUUAAGGCCCAUGCCACUAGAGAGCGACCAGACUCUCACUCUGACAGCGGGGAGAGUCAUUCAGGGGAACCAGACCCAGAGACGUCCAAACCAGCAAGACGACACCACUGCUCCCAGUGUGGAAAAACUUUUAACCGAUCACAACACCUGAAAUUACAUGAGAGAACACACACAGGAGAAAGGCCUUACCACUGUUCCCAGUGUGGAAAGAGUUUUAUCCAAUCACAACACCUGAAAUUACACAUUAGAACACACACAGGAGAAAAGCCUUACCACUGUUCCCAGUGUGGAAAGAGUUUUAGUCAGUUAUCGAGCCUAAAAAUUCAUAAGCGAAUACACUCUGGAGAGAAGCCUUACCACUGUUCCCAGUGUGGAAAAAGUUUUGUCCAAGCAGAACAUCUGAAAUUACACAAGAGAACACACACAGGAGAAAAGCCUUACCACUGUACCCAGUGUGGAAAGAGUUAUAGCCAAUCACAAGAACUGAAAUUACACAAGAGAACACACAUAGGAGAAAAGCCUUACCACUGUUCCCAGUGUGGAAAGAGUUUUAGUCAGUUAUCGAGCCUAAAAAUUCAUAAGCGAAUACACUCUGGAGAGAAGCCUUACCACUGUUCCCAGUGUGGAAAAAGUUUUGUCCAAGCAGAACAUCUGAAAUUACACAAGAGAACACACACAGGAGAAAAGCCUUACCACUGUACCCAGUGUGGAAAGAGUUAUAGCCGAUCACAAGAUCUGACAGUACACAAGAGAACACACACAGGAGAAAAGCCUUACCGCUGCUCCCAGUGUGGAAAAAGGUUUAUCCAUUCACAACAACUGAAAGUACACAAGAGAAUACACACAGGAGAAAAGCCUUACCACUGUUCCCAGUGUGGAAUGAGUUUUCGGGUGUUAUCGAGCCUGAAAAGUCAUAAGCAAAUACACUCUGGAGAGAAGUCUUACACAUGUUCCCAUUGUGGUAAGAGUUUUAAGUUGGUAGGGAAUCUGACAUCGCAUGUGAGCACACACAACAAGGAAAAGCUCUACCAAUGUUCCUUGUGUGGAAAGCGGUUUACCCAGUUGGAAGCCCUGAUUAUGCAUGACAGGACACACGCAGGAGGGGAUAAGACCUACCACUGCUCCCAGUGUGGAAAGAGAUUUAAUUGGUUAAGGCACCUGAAUAAGCAUGAAAGAAUACAUACACAGGAGGAGAAGACAUACCACUGCUCUCAUUGUGGAAAGACAUUUUCCCAGUUAGAGGACCUGAAAUCACAUGAGAGAAUAGAGAGGCUGUGUUCUGACUUGAGUUUUUGACUGAUCAUUUGUGUUUUUGUUUCAUCCUCAUGAAAUCAAAUUGUAUGAAACCAGAAUACGGUUUUACUUUUGUUGUUAUUUCAUUUCGAGACAUGAUCAUGUCUAAUAUCAGAUUAAAUAUUUA